CCGCGUUGGCUCUGCUGCAGGCCGGCGUGGGGCUCGCCAUAGCGGCGGCGGCGUGGCGGCCCUUGGCCCCUGAGGCGGCGCGGACCGGCCGGACCUUCCCCGGGCUCCUCCCGCAGAGCCACCCAUCUGUCUGCCCGAGCCCACGGGCGGGAGCGCCACUCGAGCGCGCUCCCUGAUUGAGAAGGCGCCGCGCAGGCCUCGGCCUCGCCCGGCGGCCCUUGCUGCCGGCCAGCCAUGGCCUCCUACAAACCGGUGGUGGUCCAGACCGUCCCCAAGCUCGGGGAGAAGAUCACGCAGGACACGCUGUAUUGGCGGGGCUACAAGACACCUGUUCAGAUAAAGGAAUUCGGUGCAAUAAAUAAAAUUGACUUCUGCCCAGUUUCUCCAUAUAACUAUGCUGUCACAGCCUCCUCAAGGAUCCACAUUUACGGUCGUUACUCUCAGGAACCAGUCAAAACGUUUUCUCGCUUCAAAGAUGCUGCUUAUUGUGCCACAUACAGAGACGAUGGCAAUCUGCUUGUUGCUGGCAGUGAGGAAGGCAGCAUUCGCCUCUUUGACCUUAGUGGAAGAGCACCCCUGAGACAAUUUGAUGGUCAUACUAAAGCUGCUCAUGUAGUGGGCUUCCUGUCUGAUAAAUACCGAAUAUUUUCUGGUGGUGAUGAUUACUCAUCAAAUUUGUGGGAUAUUCCAAGUGGUACGGAAAUCAUCUCAUACAGUGAACAUACAGACUAUGUGAGAUGCGGAUGUGCAAGUAAAGUGAAUGCAGAUGUGUUUAUAACAGGUUCCUAUGAUCACACUGUGAAGCUGUUUGAUGCACGAACAAAAAGUAGUGUCAUGACAAUAGAACAUGGCCAGCCUGUGGAAAGCGUGCUUCUCUUCCCUUCUGGUGGGCUUCUGGUAUCUGCAGGAGGUCGAUAUGUCAAAGUUUGGGAUGUACUAAAAGGCGGACAAUUACUAGUUUCACUUAAAAAUCACCAUAAAACUGUAACUUGUUUAUGCCUGAACAGCUCUGGACAAAGGUUGCUGUCAGGAUCCCUGGACAGGCAUGUGAAGAUUUACAGUACUACUUCCUACAAAGUAGUCCACAGCUUUAACUAUGCAACAUCCAUCCUCAGUCUUGCAUUGUCGCCUGAAGACGAAACCAUAGUUGUAGGCAUGACCAAUGGGGUGCUAAAUGUUAAACACAGAAAACCUGAAGAAAGGAAAGAAGAUUCUCAAAAGAAGAGACAGCCGUCAUAUAGAACCCAUGUGAAAGGAAGAACUUACAUGUCUAAACAGGAAGAUUUCUGUGUCAGUAAACCCGUGAAACGUGUUUUGAGGAAAUACGACAAGCUGCUAAAGAGCUUUCAGUCUUCCAAGGCCCUUGAUGCAGUGCUGGAGCCACCCAUCAGGCUUUACACUCCUGAAGUUACGGUUGCAGUCAUGCAGGAGCUGCAUCGCAGAGGCACACUGAGGAGCGCGCUUGCAGGACGAGACGAGAAGCAAAUUAAUCUCCUUCUUACAUUUGUGGCAAGGCGUGUGAUUGAGCCUAGAUUUACUCCCAUACUGGUGACUGUUGCAGAUAUGAUCACUGACAUUUAUCAGCCUGUGGUUGGGCAGUCAGCAAUUGUUGAUAGACAGUUCCUGAGACUUCAGGAAGCCAUAGGAAAAGAGAUUGACUAUCAAGAGGAACUACUAGAAGUUUUGGGAAUGAUGGAUACACUGUUUGCUACUUUUACUAAGAAAAGAGAUACUCAUGGAGAAGAGAAUAAAAGUAAUGGUCUUGCAGAGACCAUUGAAACAAAUAUGAUUAACUGACUGACAACCAUCACAGCAAAUUGUGACAAAAAUAACAUGGACUUGAAAUACAUGGCCUGUUCUCCUGAUAACUUUUAUAAUAGUGACUUUCAAAAUAAGCCCCUCUACCUUGAAGUCCUGUCUUUCAAACUCUGUUUCUGAAUGGGCUGAAUUACUGAAGACAGAGAAAGAACAGCAAUUUCAAGAUUUUUCCAUGCAAUAUUUUUCAAAAAAAUUUAAUUUUAAAGUUUUAUUCCAAAGCUAUGUAACUUUUAAAGAGUGUUUUGUGCAUCCAGUACUAAGUCAUUAUUUGAUUUAGAGAAAGUAAACAAUUUUCGGUUUUUAUUUACCAGAAAAUAAUUGAGAUUUAUCUAAUUUUAAUGUGUCAUUGUUCUUAUUUAAGGUUAAUACCCCAUCUCACAUACUUGGACAUAGGAAUAUGCAUUUGAUAAAACUUGACUACAUUGUGUUUUCUCUCCCUGCUUCAUCUCUAUUUCAGACUUCCACAAAUUCAUAGGAAACAGCAAGAUGACUGAAGAAAACAAGUGCAUGCUUAUGUAUAUGAAAAAAAUUGUUAGUUUAAUUUUUUAAAUAACCUAAUUCAUUAUAAUGAAUUAUAAUUCUCUAGAAAAUACAUAAUUCCUACUUCUAAAGGGAAAUUUAAUUAAUGUAGUGAGUAAGUAAACUGCAUGCCAGUGAGAAAAUCCUCAGUUAAGUAAAAGAAAUAAUUUUUUGUGUA